AUGAGUCUGGCUCGUAUUCUCGUCACCGGCGCCGCCGUGGCAUCCACGUGCGCCUUCUUCGCGUCGAUCUACUCGCUUCUCGUUCUUUUUAACGACAUCAAUAAUUAUUAUGAUUCGGUUUCCACCGACAUGAUCCAUUUCAAGGACGAGGCCAACUCGCUUUGGCACGAGAUGAUCGCUGUCGUCCCACAGGCGAACAAGCAGCGUGAAGUCUACGAGUCGCUCUUCGGCCGCAACAAGCGUCAGGCGGCCCAAUGCAAUUGCGGAGCUUCCAACGGACCAAACGCCUGCCCGCCGGGACCACCAGGACCUCCAGGACAGCCGGGAGAGCCGGGAGACGACGGCGACGUCGGAGAUGACGGUAUGCCAGGAGCCGACGGAAACUUGGGUGUGCCACUAUCCGACAGCGGUUGCAUUGUGUGCCCAGCGGGACCACCAGGACCACCGGGACCGCCGGGACAGGAUGGAGCUCCAGGAGAGGACGGACAACCAGGACAAGAUGCUCAGGGAGGCGGUCAGGGACCACCGGGACCACCAGGACCAGCCGGAGACGCCGGACAACCAGGACGGCCAGGAAACGACGGACAACCAGGACGCCCGGGAAGUCCAGGCACACGCUCUGUCGGACGGCCAGGAGCUCCAGGAGCGCCAGGACAGCCAGGACCACAGGGACCGCCAGGACAGAACGGUCAGCCGGGAGCCCCAGGAGCGCCAGGACAGCCAGGACAACCAGGAGCCGACGGUCACCCGGGACAGCCAGGAAACGACGGACAACCGGGAGCUCCAGGAGCGCCAGGACAGCCGGGAGGCGACGCCGCCUACUGCCCAUGCCCACAACGAUCGGCGGUCGUCGCCCGGCAAGCGGCCGCUUCGCGUCGCGUCGCCGUCAACGCGCGCGCCGUCAAGAAGCAUCGCGCCAUGUCUCGCCGUCGUGUCGUCACCGCUCGACGCUCGAAAGCCCGUCGCGUCGUCGUCGCCAAGCAUCGCGCCGCUGCCGUCCGCAGACAUCGCGUCGUUCAGAAGAAGAGACUCGCCUAA